UCCCUUAGAUUAGGAAAUCUGACGUUUCUAGCACUACUUGUGCACGGACAGAGGAAAAGUGGGUGUACACACUAGUUGUGCUGUGUGGCUCUGUAGUGCCUCAGCUCAGAUGAGCUCACCCAGCCGAUGCGCACAUCGUAGUAUCCUACCAAUGUGAGAAGGCGUAAGGACGGCGAGCAGCAUCCUGUAGUCAGUGGGAAGUGUGGAUGCUUUGGUACAAAGGAAACCGAGUUUCUACUACGCAAAGUAAAUAAAGGGACGCGUAAAGGAUUGCGCGCCAAACUGCCUCAUGUUGGAAAGAUUUAGUGGCUUUGUAGGUUGCCUCCACCGAUGGGAAUCUACUCUUUUGUGGGAGACGGGACUGGACUUCGGGUUGAGCGGUUGAAGAGAAGAAGCGUACUUUAAACACUCUGGUUUUCAUUGCCUUUUUUCUUUUUCUCUUCACAAAAUACCAGGAUUUCGUCCAUCAUACGCUGCCCAGUUCCAGUCAGGCUGCUAAUUUGGAAGGACGCCAGACCUCCAGCCUCUCAUAUCUGCAAGUUCAGUCCAAUAAAUUGUGACAUUGUCUGUCAGCCUUGGAAUUAGAAAUCGAUACUCGAGAAAAGGGACGCAUUGUUUUUCCUUCGGAAUUUUUACGGUCUAGUUCCAGCUAUCCUUAUAAAUAUGCGGUUUGGUUGGAUUAGGGUGGUUUGGUCCAGCUUCACGCUUUUUUAGCUGGAGCAGCGUUGAUAGUGACUGAUUAUUGCUGUUGAAUUUGUCCAUGCAAGACUCGGGGUGGAAACAUGUCUGACCACUUCUUUGAGAGGAUCAUUGCUAUCAGAGAUGGCAUUUUGGUCCAGCACUUCGGUUUUCACCUCUAAAGUGCCCCGGAAAAUCUUAUUCAUGUUCACCCUCUCCCUGUCUGUCACCUACUUGUUCUAUAGCUUGAUGAGCUGCUACAACUCGCUGCAGUUCCCUCUGCAAGAGACCUAUGUGUAUCAGGGGAGGCUGGUGACAGAGGAGACAACUUUUGUGACAUUGAGAGAGAAACUUUAUUCCACUUCCCAGGGCUUUUCUGAAUUCACCGAAUCCGAGAGAACAACCCCGGUAUCCAUCGCGAAAGAACAUGCCGAGGCCGAACAAAGGACAGUGGAGUGGAUUAGGACUCAGCCGUCUCCAACUAAAUCGGCGGCGGCGUAUCAUACCACUGCGCUGGAGAGGGAGCACCAGGAAUUCAGCACCACGGACAGCGAACUCAGGGUGAACUGCACCUCGGAUUACGGAGAGAAGAAACUUCCCCAAGCCAUUAUCAUCGGGGUGAAGAAAGGGGGAACCAGAGCCCUGCUGGAGGCUCUCAGGGUGCACCCGGAUGUCAGAGCAGUUGGAAAUGAGCCACAUUUCUUUGAUAGGAACUACGAAAAGGGGCUUGACUGGUACAGAGACCUGAUGCCUUCAACGCUGGAGGGGCAGAUCACCAUGGAAAAGACACCAAGCUACUUUGUGACUAACCAUGCCCCCAAGCGCAUCCACUCCAUGGCAAGAGACAUCAAGCUUAUUAUUGUCGUGCGUAAUCCUGUCACUAGAGCCAUUUCAGACUAUACACAGACUUUGUCCAAGAAACCCGAUAUCCCCACCUUUGAGGUUCUGGCUUUUAAGAACCGGACGCUGGGUCUUAUAGAUGCCUCGUGGAGUGCGUUGCGUAUAGGAAUAUAUGCGCUUCACCUGGAGAGCUGGAUGCAGUAUUUCCCACUCUCCCAAAUGCACUUUGUCAGUGGAGAGAGGCUCAUUGUGGAUCCUGCUGGUGAGAUGGCCAAAGUGCAGGACUUCUUGGGACUGAAGCGGAUUGUCACAGACAAACACUUUUACUUUAAUAAAACGAAAGGAUUUCCAUGUCUAAAGAAGCCAGAGGACAGCAGCACUCCCAGAUGCCUUGGCAAGUCUAAAGGGAGAACUCACCCUAAAAUUGACCCAGAUGUGAUUCGGCGGCUGCACAAGUUCUACAAGCCCUUUAACAUGAUGUUCUACCAAAUGACUGGUCAGAACUUUGAAUGGGAGCUGGAGGAGGACAGUGAAACUCGUAGCUCUCAGGACUAGCAUGGCACGGCUCAGCCACACCACCAGCCUUCUCACUAAAACUAAUCUUGUCCGGCUUCAUCUUCAGAGAGUGCUUGAGCACGCCAAUCAAUCAUGGCUGUCUUUGCAGUGUCUGUACCCAUUAGCAAGAGUUUACUGACAUGCUUUUUCUUGAUGAUGGCAGAUCAUUAUUGUAUAUACUAAACAUAAAAUAUAUUUAUAUUUGUGUAAAUGAGAUGAUUUAUUCCUUUUGGGUUUAAAGCAUAGAACUGAUAUAAAAAAAAUCAUGUUGACUAUGGCAAUGCAUGCGAUGAGUUAAGUGUCCUUACCUCAUGAGCCCUAAGGGUAAACUCUGCCUGUUUCUUCUCCCUUUACUUUCCUGCAGUUUGUUGCCCUCACGCCCACUCACCAGCAUUCAGUACAAAAAGAUAUUCUAUUUCAGUGGCUAAUGCCAUGAAGCGUUCUGUAUUAUUUCUUUUAAAAGAGUUCUGCUGCUUUAUAAGAGAGGGAGAAAAGAGGACAUGAUAGACAUAGAACUAUAAUCCUUUGACAUGUGCUCAUCUUUUCAGUUGUCUAUAUCUGAGUGGAGACAAUCCUUUUAAGUUUACCAAAGUGUUAAUUUACUCUGUGUCACUGUUAUGGUUGAUCUGCACUCAUUAAUUGCAUACAUAUGAGAGAAGAUGUACAGUGGCCAUCAUUCAAUAAUUGGAUUGUUUCACUGCACAGUUGAACAUUAGCAUACUGACGACCAUGCGCACCAGUGUGGUGCACUAUGAGUAGUUUUGGUAUAGCAUUACAAAUGAAUCUGUUUUCUCUUUGUGCAUCAAACGAGUCUGCAUCUAGGCAGAAGAAAAAAUUGGUGCUGCCAAAGCAUUCCCAAAAAUAACAGUUGACUUUUGUGGUCCUGCUUGCCUUGUGACCCUCCUCUUGUCACAGUAAUACAUGUCAAUGAGGGUGAAGAAAAACAGAGGACCGAGCAGAAGUUUGUUACCAAACAUCUGCUGCUAUGCAGUCUUCUGUCGUUAGAGAUUAAUGGCGUGUUAAAUAAACUGCUGCUGCUGUUGGAACAAUGUCAAUGUCAAAGAGAAUUUGCUGUCAAGGAAAAGCUACAUACAUGCCCAGGUAAAUUACCAAGCCAUUACUGUAUGUGCUUAACUUGAAUGGAAUAACUCAUGCCAGUCAAAUGUGCUGUAACUAGACGUUUUACUAGCAAACACUUAAUCACAUGAUCAGCAGCGCUAACUGAUUGAAUGCUUGUACCAGAUAUUACAGGCUUUUGCUGUGAAAUGUUAAUUUACUCAUACAAUGAAAUAACAACAUGACCCAUCAUCUUUCCUUUAUUAUUUUCUGAUUUUGCAUAAUCUGCUGUGCGUCUGUCUGUUGUCUCUGGACUUUUCAUCAAUUGAGACAAUCAAUACAGCCAAUGAGUCAAUAAAUACAGUCUGCUACACAUCACUGGUUGCUACAGCUAUGAUGCAUUGCUCUGUUAAUCUUCCCUGUUCUCUUGCCAUGGAUGGUUGGAUUGGUUCGCUCUCUGUAGACCUCUCUGUCACCCAGGGGAAGCCAGCACCAGCAGCUACUUACACAGAGCAAUUGAUUCAAUCAAAGUAAGCACUAUACUGCCCUUUGUAGCACCAAGCCUGAACACUUACCUCUGAGUCUCACUAUCCCAGAGUCACAACUUCCACUUUGAGGCUUUUCUGUGCAGCCAUCCCUUGGUGUUUUCUUGACAAUGUCUCUGCACUU